AGUUGUAUAAGAAAAAAUAUUUUAUAAGACUUUACACAGCCUACAAAUACAUCAAUAUCAGACCCACCAGGCUGUGGUGGUUCGAGCUGAAGCACACGCGAACAGAAAUACCGCAGAUUACAAAAAUGUCGGGAAACUGGAUGCUGCUAUUGUUUUCAGGCCUCCUUUGCUUGAGUUCUCUGUCAGAUGCCUCCAUCGAUGAUAUGCCACACGAGUUUUACUACGGCAGUUUUCCCGCAGGUUUCUCCUGGGGCACGGCCACAGCGUCUUACCAGAUCGAGGGAGCUUGGGACGUGGAUGGCAAAAGUGAGAGCAUAUGGGACACAUACUGUCGCAAGGAGGGGGCAAUUGCAGAUGGCUCGAAUGGCACGGUGGCUUGUGACAGCUAUCACAAGUACAUGGAGGACGUCAAGCUGCUAAAGGACAUGGGGGUGAAUCAUUACCGACUGUCGCUGUCUUGGCCGAGGAUAGUGCCUAACCCGCUGACCGGCGAGGUGAACCAGCAGGGUUUAGAUUACUACAACCGGGUUAUUAACGCUCUGGUCGAGGCUGGUAUUACUCCCAUGGUCACCCUGUAUCACUGGGACUUACCCGAUAUCCUGGAGACAGAAUGUGGAGGCUGGCUGAACGAGUCACUGGUGGAUUACUUCAACCAUUACGCGGAUGUGGCAUUUGAUGCGUUUGGAGACAGGGUAAAAUGGUGGAUCACUUUUAACGAGCCCUGGGUUCAGACCUUACUGGGAUACGGAGGAGGGACUAAAGCCCCGGCCGUCAACCUCCCGGCUACCGGACCCUACCAGGCGGGAUACGUGACACUGAAAGCGCACGCCGCCGCCUGGCACACCUACGAUAAAAAUUAUCGGCCCACACAGAAAGGCCAAAUCUCAAUCACCCUGAACAGUGACCAUUUCACUCCAUGGAAUGAGACGGACCCGAAUGACGUAGAGGCAGCUGAUCGUCAAAACCAUUUCAUGCUCGGCUGGUUUGCUCAUCCCAUAUUCGUGAACGGCGACUACCCGGAUGUGAUGAAGUACUUCCUGUGGCGGAAGAGCGUGGAGGCGAACGUCACGAACAGAUUGCCGCAGUUCACACCGGAAGAGAAGGAGAGUAUCAAAGGAACUUUUGAUUUCUUUGGCCUGAACCAUUAUACAAGUGCACGGGUGAAGUACAACAACCACGGUGUGUCUAAUCCCAAUUAUUGGACGGAUGCCGACACAAUCGUUAGUGGUGAUGAGAAUUGGCUGGGGUCUGGUUCAGAAUGGUUGAGAGUUGUACCGUGGGGAUUCCGACGUCUUCUAGUCUGGAUAAAACAGAACUAUGGGGACGUUCCCAUCAUGGUCACGGAAAAUGGCGUCUCGGACCGUAACGGAAGUCUUACGGAUGAUCAUCGGAUAUACUACUACAAACAUUACAUCAAUGAAAUGCUCAAAGCUAUAAACCUUGAUGGCGUGAACAUGAUUGGCUACACGGCGUGGUCAUUGCUGGACAACUUUGAGUGGGAGCAAGGCUACGUGGAAAGAUUCGGGCUACACUACGUGAACUUUACCGAUCCCGAUCGCCCCAGAACUGCUAAGAAGUCAGCCCGUUACCUCAGGGAUUUGUUUCGUGCUAACGGCUUCGUCAACCCAAAUCCGCCAACAGCAAAACCACCACCAGUUUGUGACGGUGCCAGCUCGACUAGAAGUUUCGGAGUAUUAGCCCUUCCAUUCUUCGCCUGUAUCCAAGUUGUCAGAAUGUUAGCAAGGCUUUUUUCCGAUAAAACAAUGGCGAGGUCUGAUAUUGUCUUCUCGAUUGUGGCAACCAUCACCGUCGUCAUGGCUGGCUUUGCUCUAGGAGGAAUUACUCAGAUGGUGGAUGAGUUUUACUACGGGAAGUUUCCCGAGGGAUUUUCAUGGGGAACAGCGACAGCCUCUUACCAAAUAGAGGGCGCCUGGAAUGUAUCAGGUAAAGGUGAGAACAUCUGGGACACGUUUUGCAGGAUACCUGGUGCCAUUGCUAAUGGCUCGGACGGGACCGUGGCUUGUGACAGCUACCAUAAAUACGAGGAGGACGUAGCUCUGUUGAAAGAUAUGGGUGUGAACCAUUACCGACUGUCGUUGUCGUGGUCCCGGAUACUGCCGGAUCCCCUGACAGGUGUUGUUAACAGAGCUGGGGUGGACUACUACCAUCGGGUCAUCGACGCCCUGAGGGCGGCUAACAUAGAACCCAUGGUCACCCUCUAUCACUGGGAUCUGCCUGACAUCUUACAGACUCAGUUCGGCGGGUGGAAAAAUGAAACAUUAGUGAAAUAUUUUACUGAUUUUGCGAAUGUGUCUUUUGCGGAAUUCGGCCCUAAGGUGAAAUGGUGGCUCACAUUUAACGAACCUUGGGUGGUGACCUUCUUGGGGUACGGGAUAGGCAGCAAAGCUCCUGGGGUGAAAGAGCCAGCUGAUGGGCCGUACAAAACAACACACACUAUUAUCAAAGCUCACGCCGCUGCUUGGCAUCUGUACAAUACGACAUACCGGUCCUAUCAGAAUGGUAAAGUAUCCAUUACCCUAAACUGUGACUACAAACAACCGUACAAUCCUGAAGAUCCUAACGACUUGGAGGCGUCGGAACGACAACUACAGUUCAUGCUCGGCUGGUACGCCCAUCCCAUAUUCGUCAACGGAGACUACCCGGAUAUUAUGAAGUAUUAUGUGGCCAAGAAAAGUAUGGGUCUGUCCAGGCUUCCAGUAUUCACGGAAGAGGAAAAGCGACAAAUUAAAGGAACAUACGACUAUUUUGGACUGAACCAUUACACCACACAGAGGGUGAGAUACGAAGACUCGGGCCGUACCAAUCCAAGCUGGGAUGGGGAUCAGGAUGUUAAACAGGACCACGAUCCGGAAUGGCUUGGUUCUGGUUCCGAAUGGCUAAAGGUCGUACCUUGGGCAUUCCGACGCCUUCUCGUCUGGAUUAAAGAUCACUAUGGAAACGUGCCCAUCAUGGUGACGGAGAAUGGCGUUUCUGACCGGAACGGAAGUCUAACAGAUGAUCAUCGGAUUUCCUUCUACAAACAGUACAUAAAUGAAAUGCUCAAAGCAAUAAAUCUUGACAAGGUUAACGUUAUCGGCUACACCGCCUGGUCUCUUCUGGACAACUUCGAAUGGGAACUAGGCUACGAAGAACGAUUUGGUGUCCAUUUUGUCAACUUUACCGAUCCGGAUCGCCCAAGAAUUCCUAAGAAAUCCGCUACUUACUUGAAAAAACUUGUUUCGUGAGAACGGGUUUGUAAACCCAAACCCCGUAACAGACGCCCCGAAGCCAAAGUGUCUCACGGACGGAGGGUCAACUCUUCUGUCCACCCUCACGACCAUUUCACUAGCUCUGGGGACAUGGUUUGCUGUGUACAUGACCUUGUAGAGUGCACCACUGUUAACCGUGUUCGUAGACUGAAAGAGUGUUUCUGUAAGAUCCGUUCAUAAUCGUUCAAUGAAAAUAAUCGGGUUACAUCAGCUUAAUUCUAGACAACUGUUUCGUUUCAAACAUUUUAAAAGUUGCAAUUGUUUCUCUAGUUCAGAUCGAAUUGAUUAACAGCAUGGGUGGUUUGAAUAGGUUUACACUCUACAUUGAAGUCAACGAACAUCUAAAGCAAAGUGAACGUCGAUCUAUACGAUUAUGAUUACAUUUUUGUUGUUUUGCUGAAGGAAUGUUUUCGUAAACACGUUCUCAUUGCAUUCACAGAAUGGAGAUGUCCGAUAAAUAAGUGCUUUUUAUUCAGAGUGUUUUGUUCAAUAGUUAGAGGAAAUUCUUGUAUUAUCUGACACACAGGGACACAGUAGAUUCCCCCGCUCUCAUUUUUUGUGGCACCAAAACAAGCGAUCCACAUGUGGGAAAGUUCGUCAGUAUAUAUAAUAAUAAAAUUUAAGGAUAAAGAUACAAAAGAUUGGAAACAUUUAAGUCUAACUUUACUACACUGUGUUUCCUCCCAACAUAAUGCUGUCCGCCGUUGUAUUAGUGAAAUUUUCUUGAGUACGGCGUAAAAGACCAAUUAAAUGAAUAAAUAAAUACAUAAAUUUGCUACCCAUGGUAUAGUUUACUUUCACUCCAUUUAAAAAACAUCAAUGUAAUAUAUAACUUUAAUAAUUUGCCUUUUUAGGACUGGUAAAAAUGUUGUUAUCUAACACUAUGUCUAAAACUUCUGGGUAUUUUGUUACGCAACUCUUUGAUGCAUGUGUUUUACAUUAUGAAUAUUAUAAAAGUCUGGAAAAACUAUCUUGCAAGAAAUAAUUAUGUUGACACACACAUUUUACGGCAGUUUCAUGCAUAUGCACAUAUCUUAAUGAGCCGCUUUACAAGUUGCGAUCAAAACCGUUUUGACGUUUCAUUUCCGUUGGAUAUUGAUAUUCGGUCGUCUAUUUAUAUUUUGUGACAGAUCAUUUAUAAAUAAACACACAUCAGUUUGUGAA